AUGUCAAUUGGUGCUUUCAGAACAUUGUGCGAUAAACUGCAAACGAGUUAUGGUUUACAACCAACAUUGAAUGUAGGCAUUGAAGAGAGUGUGGCCAUGUUUCUACGGAUAUGUGGGCAUAACGAAGUUCAAAGAGAUGUUGGAUUACGAUUUGGACGGACGCAAGAGACUGUGAAUCGAAAAUUUUUUGAAGUGCUUAAAGCGACUGAGUUACUUGCUUGUGAUUAUAUCAGGACUCCAACAACCCAAGAACUACGACAAAUUCCUGAACGACUAGUAAUGGAUCAAAGAUAUUGGCCAUAUUUUAGUGGAUUUGUUGGCGCUAUGGAUGGAGUUCAUGUUUGCGUUAAAGUGAAGCCUGAAGUUCAAGGAAUGUACUGGAACCGGCACAAUAUAACUUCAUUUAAUAUAAUGGCGAUAUGUGAUCUCAAUAUGUUAUUCACAUAUGUUUGGAAUGGAGCACCUGGCUCAUGUCAUGAUACAGCAGUUCUCACAAUGGCGCAAGAAAGGGAUUCCUGA